GCCAUAUGGGUCAUUACAGAAAAAAGUGUAGGCUUUCAUUCUGUAAAUCAGGGAUUCAUUUAUGAAAAUAACUAUGGGUCCUCCUGAUUUGAUUAAUGUUACUCAUACCAACUGAAUAAGUACGAGUUUCUGCAGGGUUUGUACUCUGUUGCUGUUGCUAAUAGGAAAGCAUCUACUAUCUCAGUUAGACUGUAUCUAGCUGGCAGUCACAGCUGCAGUGAAAACAGCAGGCUUGAGUUUGGUGCUUGGAGGGCUUAUUUCUAAAGCAGAAGUGAUUUUAAAUAUCUGAAAAGCAAAAUUGCUAUUAGAAAUGUAGAGAGCGUUUUCUGUAUAACGUUGCUGUUUUUCUCCGUAGUCGCUUGAUGGCUUUAAAAAGAAUGGGAAUUGUCAAAGACUAUGAGAAAAUCCGUACCUUUACAGUUGCAGUAGUAGGUGUAGGUGGAGUUGGCAGUGUGACUGCUGAGAUGUUGACAAGGUGUGGCAUUGGUAAGCUGCUUCUGUUUGAUUAUGACAAAGUGGAAUUGGCAAACAUGAACAGGCUCUUCUUCCAACCUCAUCAAGCUGGAUUAAGUAAAGUGCAAGCAGCAGAGCAUACUUUGAGGAAUAUUAAUCCUGAUGUUCAGUUUGAAGUACAUAACUACAACAUCACAACACUGGACAACUUUGAACAUUUCAUGGAUAGAAUAAGUAACGGCGCUCUAGAGGAAGGGAAACCUGUUGAUCUCGUUCUAAGCUGCGUGGACAACUUUGAAGCUCGCAUGGCAAUUAACACAGCCUGCAAUGAACUUGGACAGAUCUGGAUGGAAUCUGGAGUGAGUGAAAAUGCAGUGUCGGGACACAUACAGCUGAUCAUACCUGGUGAAUCUGCUUGUUUUGCGUGUGCUCCUCCACUUGUAGUUGCUGCAAAUAUUGAUGAGAAAACAUUAAAACGAGAAGGAGUUUGUGCAGCUAGUCUUCCUACAACUAUGGGCGUUGUGGCAGGAAUCCUUGUACAAAAUGUCCUGAAAUACCUGUUAAAUUUUGGUACUGUGAGUUAUUACCUUGGUUACAAUGCGAUGCAGGAUUUCUUUCCAACUAUGUCUAUGAAGCCAAAUCCACAAUGUAGUGACCAAAAUUGCAGAAAACAGCAAGAAAAUUACAAGAAAAAAGAAGCUGCACAACCAAAAGAAGAAGUAAUUGAACAGGAAGAAGAAAUAGUACACGAAGACAAUGACUGGGGCAUCGAAUUAGUAGCAGAAAUCUCAGAAGAUGAGCUGAAGGCUGCAUCUGGCCCAGUACCUGAGCUUCCUGAAGGAAUUACUGUAGCAUAUACUAUCCCAAACAAGGAAGAGAAUUUGAUAACUGAGGAAACGGUAGCAGAGUCUGAAGAAAGCCUAGAAGAACUCAUGGCCAAAAUGAGAAACAUGUAGCAAAACAAAUACUAAGUACAACUUUUGGAGUCUGGAUUGACAUUGGAUUUUGAGAAGAGCAGACUUCUUCCCCCUACCACCAUCUCUACUGAAGCUUGUCUUUACAUUUCUGAUGAAACGGAACUGUUACAGGGGCAGGAAAGAAACAGACUUUGUUUAUAUUCUGUUGUCUAUUCACAUCCUUAAGAUAGGGAGUUGUGGUACUUUAAAUUUUUAUUUCUCAGCAUUGCUACUGUCCAGAUGUUCAGUAGAGAAUAAAAGGAGAUGGAUAAACUAACAAAAGCAGGCGUAGCACCUUAUACGCGAUAUCAUGUGAUGAGAACAGUGCAUGGUAUAGGCCAAGUGAAGGAUGAAAUCUGCUGGAGCGGAUCGAAUAGGUCAAGCGCAGAUGAUUGUGCCUCACUCAUGUUGCUGCUCUGAUUUUCCAGGCACUUGCACUCGUUGUUCACUGGUCUCUGUUAAAUUCUUGGCAGGGAUUGUGCUGCGGCUACUUUUUCUGAGUAAACAGAACAUUUCAGCCUUUUCAUCUGCCUUAAAUAUCUCUGGGAUGGAAUUUUUUUUUUAAACUUCCUUGGUUUUAUCAAUGCUUUAUUCCUGCUUGUUCUUAAAUAGCUGCCUGUAUGUUUUGUAUGUGAUAAUGCUUUGAGUAUGCUGCAACAAGGCAAAGUCGUUAAUAGAUAAUUAUGUUAGCAUGCCACUAUUUCAGCUGGCAGAUGCUUUUCAUGACAAAAUCAGUAAGAAUUACCAGCAACACUGGAAAACCAGGAGAUUUUGUGUCUCCCUUUGAAAAUCUAAAUGUUGUAUUUUUGUUCAUGAUUAAAAGUUUAGCUGUAACUCUGAUCCAUCACCAUCACAUGGGCUGUAUUAAGGAAUAUACUUAAUCUGAGUUUGCAUAGGAAAGCUUCUAAACUGAGAUGCUCUAAACUUAGCUGAGCUAUUAUAUUUGUCUUGUAAAUAAUGCUAGUGCAGUCAUAGCACCUUUUAAAUUACCACGUGUUGAACCGACCUGUAAAUGUACACAUCCCGUAGAGCCAGUAUCCCACAGCACUGGAAGCAUCAACUUUAAAUAUUUUAACUACCGUAGGUCUCUGAUCCAGAACUCGAUCAUUAUUUAGAUUUGGCUUAGAAGAAUAUAAAUUUUAAGCCUUUGCAGUAUAAUAAAGUAUUUCUAACUGGGCUGUUCAAAAAACCUUUUCACAGCAUGAUGCAGCCAAGAUGGAACCAGCUAAUAAUUGCAGUAACAACCAGCAUGUAAAAAGAGAGUAAUACUGUAGAGGUGCUUCCGUUCCUUAGGGCAGCUGAAUGAAUACUUAGUUAAAAAUUGUUUGAUUUCUAACCAACGGUUGCGAACUUCAGAAUGUGUUUCCUCCACAGCUGACACUAGGUUAUGUUAUACACAUACAAAUCAUCUCUGAAGCUCAUGAGGGAGGUUUUGGGUGUGGUGCAUUAUACCGUAAAGUGGAAGUGGGUUUUUUUUGGGUUGAGUUCAGUUUGGGAGAAACCGGAUUUUAAAAAUGAGCUGUAAAGAGGGAUGGGAAAUAGAACAAUGAGAUCAUUAAGAAGGUAGGUACUUGAAUCUCUGUCCCUGAGCCUAUUUUGGCUUGAUCCAAGUGUCAAUUUACAUGUUUUACAUUUCUUUGUGAUUUUACCAUUCUGUUGGGAACAAUGAAAGUGAGGCACAUGCCUGGCUUUGGAGAUCCUGAGGCAAACGGUUGAUGCAUGUCUACAACAGCUCGGUUAACUUUGACUCUGAACUAUUUGGCUGACAUGACUGCUAUCACAUGAUUGACAGUUUUACACGAGGCAACUGUUUACCAUUUUACUUCAUGUACAGUUUUAUGAGCAAAUUAAUACGCUUUUGUAUGCCCACUUACAGAGCAUGCAAAAUGGUUCUCGUGUUACUUUCAGACUUUCAACUUGUAUAUACAAGAAGAAUUUCAAAUAAUUAGAAAGCACAUUAAGAUGAUUGUACGUGCCAAUGGUUAAAAUUAUUUAAAAAUAAACAGCAUUGAGAAAAGCACUUUUAAGGAUUUUUUUUUUUUUAAGUUUGAAAAAACAUUUAGGAGUAUAAUCUACUUAGACUAUACAACCUACUGGAAAAUUUACAACCUCAUUUGUUAUGAACUAACAAAUUAAAGCAUAUUUCAAUGGUUUAGUCCAGCUUUGUUUCUUUGGCAACCUUAUAAAAGAAGCUUUUAGUUUUUACAGUGUAUCAUAAACGUUACUGAGAUGUUGAUAUUCUGACCAUAUGAUUAAAUCUCCAUUGAAACUGGUGACUUUGUUUUGAGGUGGAGUUCUCCUACAUAGGAGGAUUAUUUGGCGCACACCAGAUGUACAAACUACUUUUUUUUUUUUUUUUCCCCUCUUUUAAUGUCUGUGAGGUACAACUACAAAUACAUGAGCAACUGUCUUAAGAGCACUAUGAUUAUAGCUGCAUCAGUUUAUGGCCAACCUGUGGCCUGCAAAGACCCUCCGCUUAUGACUCGUGAUCCUGUUUUACUUUCUGUAGAAGGUUUUCUUUGGCUUGACAGGUUAAGCGUAUUGUUUCCUGGCUGUCUUUGCUAAUGGACCAGGGAUGGUGGGGGUUUGCUAUUUUUUUAGGGACUUGCUUUUCUUCUAAAAAACAUCCUGCAACCUAUGAAUACAUUGGAGAGAAGUCACUCAGGGGAAGAAUGGCAACAGUUCAGAAUUGGAAAUCACUAGAUGGGAAAAGUCUGAUAUAACACUGAAAGUCUAGAAAGUAGCUUCUUAUUUAAGCUAGCAAUAUUAAGGAAAACGACACAGGAGAGCAAGAUAUGUCAUUAUAUAUUAUAUACACAUAUUAUGUAUACAUGUUAAAAUCAGAACAGAGGUGACAAGCUAGACCAGACACCUCAUAAUUCGUAACACUGCCUUUAGAGGAGGGAAUUACCAGGUCUGAGAAGAAAAAGCACCAGAAACACAUACAAGGGGAGAAGGUUGAGGUUUCAGGGUUUUGGUUUUUUUUGUUUGGUUUGUUUGUUUUCCUUUCACCCCUCUCCUUACUUGGUAACAAUCCUGAGAAGAACUUCCCAAUUUUCAAAAAUUUUCAAAGUGGCUGGAAUACAGUGGAAAAACUCUAGCUCUGAUAAAAAAACCCCAA